GAGAUUGGCGACAGAAAAGGAGAAGCAGCUGACUACGGAAACCUAGGUACUGUGUUUCUUUCGCUCAGGCAAUACGACAAGGCUAAAGAGUAUCUUCAAAAAGCGCUUGUUAUCACAACUGAGAUUGGCGACAGAGGAGGAGUAGCAGCUGUCUACGGAAACCUAGGUAAUGUGUUUCAUUCGCUCGGGCAAUACGACAAGGCUAAAGAGUAUAUUCAAAAAGCGCUUGUUAUCAGAACUGAGAUUGGUGACAGAAAAGGAGUAGCUGCUGACUACGGAAACCUAGGUGCUGUGUUUGAUUCGCUCGGGCAAUACGACAAGGCUAAAGAGUGUAUUCAAAAAGCGCUUGUUAUCAGAACUGAGAUUGGCCACAGAGAAGGAGUAGCAGCAGACUACGGAAACCUAGGUAAUGUGUUUCAUUCGCUCGGGCAAUACGACAAGGCUAAAGAGUAUCUUCAAAAAGCGCUUGUCAUCAGAACUGAGAUUGGCGACAGAAAAGGAGUAGCAGCUGACUACGGAAACCUAGGUACUGUGUUUCAUUCGCUCGGGCAAUACGACAAGGCUAAAGAGUAUAUUCAAAAAGCGCUUGUUAUCAGAACUGAGAUUAGCGACAGAAAAGGAGUAGCUGCUGACUACGGAAACCUAGGUACUGUGUUUGAUUCGCUCGGGCAAUACGACAAGGCUAAAGAGUAUCUCCAAAAAGCGCUUGUCAUCAGAACUGAGAUUGGCGACAGAAAAGGAGUAGCAACUGACUACGGAAACCUAGGUACUGUGUUUCAUUCGCUCGGGCAAUACGACAAGGCUAAAGAGUAUCUCCAAAAAGCGCUUGUCAUCAGAACUGAGAUUGGCGACAGAAAAGGAGUAGCAGCUGACUACGGAAACCUAGGUACUGUGUUUCAUUCGCUCGGGCAAUACGACAAGGCUAAAGAGUAUAUUCAAAAAGCGCUUGUCAUCAGAACUGAGAUUGGUGACAGAAAAGGAGUAGCUGCUGACUACGGAAACCUAGGUGUUGUGUUUGAUUCGCUCGGGCAAUACGACAAGGCUAAAGAGUAUUAUCAAAAAGCGCUUGUCAUCAGAACUGAGAUUGGCGACAGAAAAGGAGUAGCAGCUGACUACGGAAACCUAGGUACUUUGUUUGAUUCGCUCGGGCAAUACGACAAGGCUAAAGAGUAUUUUCAAAAAGCGCUUGUCAUCAGAACUGAAAUUGGCCACAGAGAAGGAGAAGCAGCUGACUACGGAAACCUAGGUAAUGUGUUUCAUUCGCUCGGGCAAUACGACAAGGCUAAAGAGUAUUAUCAAAAAGCGCUUAAUAUCCAAACUGAAAUCGGUAAUAAGCGAGGGGAGGCAGCAGAUCUUGCAAAUCUUGGAAUUAUGUCCAGAACUGCUGGAGAUUAUGAAGCUUCGGAAGUAUGCUUGGCGAAAGCUUUAUCCAUAUCCAGAGAUAUUGAAGAUAGAAGGAGCGUGUUCCAAAUUCUUCAAGAAUACGCCAUUUUGUAUUUAUUUCAAAAUAAAGUCGAAGACUCCCUAUCGUGUCUUCAACUUUGCAUUGAAAAGUAUGAGGAGCUCAGAUCUUUCUUGGGCGCCAAUGAUCAGUUCAAAACAUCAUUUCUGGAGCACUCAGGAAUAUUUCCCUACAAGCUGCUUUGCACUCUGCUUUGUGUCACCGGAAAAACUCGUGAUGCUCUUUAUGUUGAGGAGUUGGGUCGAGCCAGAGGUCUAUCAGACUUGAUGGUAGAGAAGUACUCGGUUGAAACGCACAUCUCUGCUAAUCCACAAUCUUGGUUUGGCAUUGAAAACAUUUUUAGAAAGAAACACAACUGUACUUGUCUGUACAUUUCUUAUUGUCACAAUCGUCUGCAUUUGUGGAUCUUGAAAACAGGUGGAGUCCUUCACUAUAGAAGAAUAUCACCUGAAGAGAAUCUAGUUCAGGCCGGGUUGCCCAAAGACUUGCCUCUGAGUGAAUUUUUAGCUAAAAAUUUCCGGAGUCUUGGUAUUUUGCCCAUCGAAGAUUGUGAAGAUCGGUCUUUAAAUAUGGUUGAAUUGCAACCUCUCUCCCCCGAACAAAAGAGCUCAGCAAGGUUGCGACUCCUGGAGGAGGGCGAGGACGAGAAAGUCAUUUCAAGUCUAUCCUUGUGUUACAAAAUGUUUAUUGCCCCCGUUUAUGAUUUGCUUGAAGAGCCUGAAGUGAUUAUUGUUCCUGACCGCAGUUUGUACAAAGUUCCCUUUGCUGCCCUGAGUGAAGAAGAGGGAGCCGAAUACCUGUCAGAGACUCAUAGGAUCCGUGUCAUUCCUUCUUUGACGACACUCAAGAUCAUUCAAGAUAGUCCAGAGGACUAUCACAGCAACACUGGUGCUUUGAUAAUAGGCAAUCCCAAGGUUGAUGGGCUGUCGCCAUUGCCAGGUGCAAGAAGGGAAGCGGAGAUGGUCGGACGACUGGUGGGUGUUCCCCCCCUGGUUGAAGAGGAAGCAACGAAGCAGGCAGUAAUUGAGCGGAUAAGUUCAGUGAGCCUAAUACAUUUUGCUGCCCAUGGUAACGCCGAAAGGGGAGAAAUUGCCCUCUCCCCCAUUCCUUCUGUCAACAGUCGAAACGCUAUCCUACCAAAGGAGGCUUACAUGUUGACGAUGGCUGAUGUCUCACGAGUGAAAGUCAGAGCCAAACUGGUGGUACUUAGCUGCUGUCACAGUGGAAGUGGAGAGAUAAAAGCCGAGGGAGUUAUAGGAAUUGCCCGUGCGUUCUUAGGAUCCGGUGCUCGCUCGGUGUUGGUUGCGCUGUGGGCCAUUUCAGACUCAGCAACAGAGAAGCUGAUGAGUCGGUUCUACGAACACCUUGUUGAAGGAGAAAGUGCCAGUGAAUCCCUUCAUCAGGCCAUGAAGUGGAUGAGAAAAAACGGCUUGACCAAUGUGUCUGAGUGGGCUUCGUUUACGCUGAUUGGAGAUGAUGUUAAGCUCGAGUUCACAAACAGAGGUAAGACUCGGUGAGAACAGGUAUUUCAUAAAUUAAAGUUAAAUUAGAAUUGAAGCUGGCUAUGACUUACUGGUCGCUGACUGUCGGCGGGGAUCCUUUGUUACCUUGAACAUCAAGGCUAGUUUAAUAUAUACCUAUAUAUAUAACUAACUGCAGACAGUACUGUUUCGGCCUUCUGGGCCUCAUCAGUGCAGUGCUGAUGCUAGGAUGGGGGUAAGACCAUAUAGCCACCCCAAGUGAUCUCACAUAUGUGGUAUCAUCUAAGCCAUGCCAGAGUGCUCAAACUAGAAGAACUAGUGAGCAUGCAUAAUGCUAGCAGCAAUGACUCAUCCUAGUAGAGUGCUCAAUUUGGACAUAUAUUUUUUUUCGAAAAGUUACUAUAGACGCUCUAUGCCAAUCACAUACAAGUGUUACCCAUAUACAUUUUACAUAGUGUGCUUGGUAUAAUUGUAUUUGCUUUAUAUCCUAAAUAUUAAUCGAGUUAUUAAUAAGUUGUUGUUUUUCGCUUUUUCACAGGAAAACAGACCCUGACAAAGUAAAUAAUGAAAGUUACUUGAAGGAAACAGAGCUACAAGACUUUUAGAUGGAUAAAUUAAAUAGAAAUAAGUAGAGAAAAUACUCUAUCCGUUAUUUCAUUGACGUUGAAAAAAAAAGAGCUAUCCCAAAUUAGGGUACGGAAGGCUUUUAAAGAAAGCGAAAUCAGUAAAGUAGUUAGGUAUAAAACGAACCACUGAAAUCUGGUUUAAUUUUUUUACGGCUUUUGUAAGAUUUAAUUGACAAAACAUGUAAUUUCUGACGUUUGAGGGACAUGAGAACGAAUUAGUCAGAAAUUAAUAUUCUGACGGCAAGUUGAAGAGGUUCGCAUGGCAACACGACAGUUUCGGAUUAUUUAAGCGUUUCGAGGGAAAAUUAAGUCAUUCUACGUCGGUCAGUCUUAGGUUUGACCACUUUUUUUAAAAUUUUAUUUACUGUAAUUUUGUUUUACAACUCUCUGUAAAAUAUCACUGCUUUCAUUGAAUAUUCUGUGUGAUUAGUAGUGUGACUAGGUUUAUUUUAGUUACCCUUUCCUCGGGGUAUAGUGCUGCUGCAUUAGAUGAGGAAUACGUUUCUACAUAUUUUUUGGCCACUUCUAAAGAGUGGUUUUUUAGUGGUUUUUCGUAUCUGGCGUAGCACAGCCUAUUUUUGUAUAAAACUUCAGUUUCAGUGAAUACUUGCAGUACAUUGAAGAUUGUAGUAGGAUGUGUAGACUACAAGAUUGGGUGACUCUUCCUAAAUAAACUUUCACAUUGAAUAUCUCGCCUGAAAGUAGUCAGAAUCUUAAAUAUUUGAGGAAUGAUUUUGAUGAAGCAUCUCAAAAAGAAUCCUUGCCAACCACAGCUCUGUUUUUGUUAACAUACGGGCAAGUGCGGAGAAAUUCUCCUGGUAGGAGUCGUGCCGGCCCGUGAACACUAUUUACUUGGCUUAAAGAAAGGAUUCGCAAAAGGAGAAAAAAAAAACCAAAUCCGACGCGCUCCACAUUUAAUAAAAAACGUACAGAGCUUAAAAAUACGACAAAAGAAGGGAAAGAGGAGACCUGACGAAAUUCUGGGGAAAUACAUGUCUGGAGUUGUCUGCUCCAAUAGAGAAGGGUCACUUAAAAAACAAAGGAAAGAGGACACAGAAGAAAACAUUGCCUUUUGUAAUGCAAUAUCACCCGGCUUUAUCUAACCGCAAGAAAAUACUGAUGGGUAAAUGGCACCCCAUUCAAAAUUACAUUGGAAAAAAAACCAUCAAAAUGUAUCCUGGUCUGAACUAAUCUAUGAAGACAGAAGUAUAAAAUCGCUUGCAGAAGCGAGAAGUGUUAGGCAGGCUCAUCAAUACUUCAAGUUUUAACUGGUCACUUGCCUCUUGUGAUAUGCACCCUGCGCUUUGAUGUAGAAAAAUCUCUGCAAAUCGGCUAUUGGUUAGAUCUCUGAUGCUAGGACUAUCCUCCUGUCAUUCCACAGCUUGAAAUUUUUAGUCUGCUCCGUGGCUUUAGGCCCUCCAUGUGAAGGAACGCGAGAUACCAUUGAUGGUUUUAGUUACAAACAAAAUUUCUCAAGAAAAUUGCCAGAAACCGUUACACAACUACCCAGAAUAAAUCACUGAUAAUUUCAGAACCUCUCCACGACAAUUUAGAGCUCAAAAUAUAUUUGAGAGUCUGUCCAAGAGAGGACCGGGCCUAAAGCUUAAAGAAAUCAAGCCAUGCAUCGUAAGUCAGCAUAGCGUUGUUUACUGUUUUAAAUGUGAUUUGUGUGAUUCAAAUUACGUCGGAUAUACGACGCGCCAUUUGUUUCAACGCAUUGCUGAUCAUCGAUACUCUGCCAUUGGUCGUCACCUGAGAGAUGCCCAUGGGAACAUUGACUUACUCAAUGAGAGCCAGUUUAGAAUGCUUAAAAAAUGUGGCACGAAAUGGGAUUGUCUUGUUUAUGAAAUGUUGUACAUAAGAACAAUAAGGCCCAAUUUAAACACCCAGAGCGAUUCCAUUAGGGCCAAACUCUUUGUUUAACUUUUAAUUUAUUCACCGCUUCAUUAUAUAUAUACUCGAUUUUUAUUAUUUUAGUUCACUUGAUAAUGACGUUCUGGAAAUUAAUUCCUAAAACUGGGGUAAUUUGCUUUCGUUUUUGCUGAUUUAGAAUAGGUAACCAUUAACCGGAACUAUUCAAAAAGAUAAAAAAGUAGGGAUUUUAAAAUCUUAAUAUCUCUAACGGGCAAGAUUGUGUAUCGACAAACAUAUGAUCAUAGAGGUUACCUAUUAUAACACUAUGUUUGUAGGCAAAAAAAUUUUGGGGCCCUAUAAGAGAUGUGUGAUCACAGCUCUCUGAAGUACGUGACCGUUGACGUUAAUUUAUGCAAUUUUUGCCAUAAACUUGAUGUUUAUUCAGUCAAUUUCAUGGUGGCAUUUCAGAUUUUGUCUCCACCGAGUACCUAGCGCUGCGCGAUGCUUUGGACAAACGGUUUCAUCAGCGUCGUCCUGAUUGAAUAAUCCUCUGGCCAAAAUAAGUUCCUGUUCUGACCGAACACAUGUCUGAGGCACCUUCAGCUGUCGCAGGUGAGAUUUUACAUCUUUCUCACAGGAAAACAAAGUAAAAAACUCAUUUCCACCUGGAUACCUCGCUGAUAUAUCGCACUUUGCGUCGGAAUAUGAUACAAACGAACAUGACAAUUGGAACAUGACAAUUAAGCCUCUUUUCUUAAUAGCCUAAACAAGUUGAAUUUAAAAUACGUAAAUCGAAUUUCUCCGGUAAAAGAAUCAGUGCAGACUGAGACUAUAUAGGAGAGGACUACAUGCGUUCAUUAGUCUUUAUUUAUUUCUCGUUACAAAAAUGUUUACACAGGUUUUUGUUAUGUAUGUGCUACUAACUUAUGGAUGCAUGCACAUUUUACUGCUGAACAUUAACACCCUCUAAUUUAAUUUUUCAGUCAUCAAGUGCAUUCUUGUUGCUAGUCCCGGCUUUGUCAAGGUUAGUUGUAGGAAAGCACAAACUCUCUAAGUCCUCAAAGAGGCAGUGAAAGAGGAAAGUGGUACAUAUGAUCAUGAUUUUGCUUUUUCCUAUUAUCAUAAUUUUAACUUUUCAAAGUAAACUUAUGAUUAGAUAAAGAAUCUGACUCUGAUAGCAACUGUCUAAGAGGGAUUUUCUUUGUUAUAAAGGACUAUUAUCACAGCUUUAUUUCUGUCCUUUUUGCGUCUGUUUCUUGUGAUUAAUAAGAUUUUCAGAUGUAGUUGAAAAUUAAAAAAAAAAUAAAACUUUAAGCUAAUAUUAAAAAUGAAAUAAUAGCAGAAUUGUAAAUCCCUACAGUUCAGCAUACGGUGUGUAUGGAAAAUUUUCCCAUAACUUAUACCCUUCAGCUCCUCUUCAAGCACAGAAAAACACAUUGCGACUCGGAAAAGAAGAAAAAGGAAGGCGUAUCUCUUAAUGUUCUAACUGAUAGUGAGAACUAAAGUAAUUAAAAUACCCUCUUUUAAUUCUUUAUGUAUAUUUUUUAUUAUUAGUGUUGAGUAACCAAUGUGGUGAAGUAGGUGUUUUAAAUGAUAUUUGCAGGAUCAGUUUUGUGAUUAUAUGUUCCAACAAGCUGUAAAGAAUGAUUGGAAAGCAAUCAUUGAUAACAAAUCAAAAUUUCUCUUGGUAAGUUUAGAUUUAAAAAUGUUGUAGAUUUGUUAUAACUUAAUUAUAACUUAAUUGAACUUGGAUAGUCUACAGGACGAAGGCCACAUGUCUCCUUUUUUAGGCGGGAUCAGCCAUUCUUUGCGAUCUCACGUAACGCUCCCCCAAGUGUUGCAUGACAUUCAACAGAGCGGCUGUGAAGGGGACUCCAGGCGAACUAUACGCGAUAAAACUACUACAAAGAAGUUUUUAAGGGGUGGGGGAGGGAGGAGCAUGGGGCUUAUUAGUAGGGGGUGGGGGCUGAUGAAACACUUGAAGUUCAAGACAGGGGGGUAUAUUAUUAGAGAGGGGGGUUCAAUUCAAUAGAAAGGGUGGCUUAGUAUAGAGGGGGCUUGAGAUAGAGGGCGCGGCUCACCAGAGCGUGUACGACUUUUUUUCCUUUUCAGGCUCACUCAUCAUCGGGUCACAAACAUUCGCUCAGAGGUGAGGAUAUAAAGAACUUUCCACGGAUCUCGAAAUUGAUUUUAAUGAAAUCACAUCUAACGCAUUGCAGUCGAGAGGAAACGGUUUAACCCAUGUGUUUGUUUGUUUUGCAUGAUGUACAGAAGUUCUGACGGAUCCUACUGUCAAUCCUACGAAAUUGUUUAGAUUUAUAUCUUAAAAGGAAAAGUGUUGGUUGGUUGUUGUGAUAAACUUUGGUUUUGGUUUAACGACACUCCAUCCAAAAAGAAUUCUAAAUCACAGGUCUCGUCAACAGUUGCAGUGACGAGAAAUGUCUCGACUUAGUCGGUUAUCCUCCGUUGAUUUUUUUUUCUCACUUUAAUUGUAAUAGGCAUCAAGCGAAGUAAAAGCUUUGGAUAAUUUCUUCACAAUGUUGCAAACAGAACCCAACAGAGUUUAUUAUGGGUAGUUCGGUAUCAUGCAGAAAGAACAAUACUAAAUUAAGCGUCCAAAGCGAUGCGGUUUGCAUUAGUUUGUCUUCAACGCUCUUCGUGAUUGGUCCGGAAAACUCGCGCCACUCAUUCAACCAAUCAAAUUUAAGAGUAAAAUCAAUCGCGCUUGAGUCACCCGCGUUUUCCCGCGCUUGAAGACGGUUACAUGUUUUGGCGCUAAAUCUUUCCUUUGCUCAAGUUGGCCGCUGUGAUUACUUUGGUUUUGGUUUCAUGACACUCAAGCGAGGAGCGUUUAUUAGUACACUUGAAACUCGUUGAACCUACAUCAGCAUCUUCUAAGGAAGUGCUUCCGAUGAAUGACUGUCGAAUUUUUUUUUAUUUUUCAGUAAUAUUUACUCACCCCGGGGAGAAUAUGGGAGACUUAAUGAGAGAGACGAAGUGGGGGAGGGGGGGAGGGGUUAGUAUUCUUAGCAGCUUCAUGCCACACAAACUGAGAUAAGCACUAGAAAUGUGGGUUACUCGUCUCGAGGGCUGGGUUAACCAUAAAAAACCAUGUUUUGGUAAAAUUGUUCAAAUUGUUAUCAGAGCAUCUUUAAUUUCUUUAUUUAGCGUUACACAUGUGGAGAAGGCCAAUGAAGCUUUGGCAAUCAAAACUCUUCUUGUCACAAAUGAACUUUUCAGGUCAGAAAUGAAAAAUAACGAUAUUCUUGUACAGUUCGAAAAAUGUAAUAUCUCAAUUCAGCUUAUUUUCAUCUUGAAAGAACAUGUUUUUCCGUUCUGCUUUGUAGUUGAAAAUCGACCGCGUAUCCAAAUGAGAACUCUAGAAUUGAUUCACAUUUUAACUAGCCCCUCAAAGUAAAAAUAAUGUAUUAGCUUAAAAAGUGGUUAGUAUUAGAAAAUUGCAAAAGGAAUUUCCCAGAGUGUGGUGAUUCUUUCAAUAUGUUGCUAGGAAAAGAGGCAGUUUAGGCGCAUCAGUUCUUUUAACCUGCGAUUUACACUCCGUACGAAGUAUUAACUUUCUGGCCUUUUGUCUUGUGAAUCUUAAAGUGCACAGACAUACCAAAUCAAUAAACGUCAGUGUGUAGAUUUUGGGGAGAGUUUGGUGGGUUUUUUUUUUUUUUUAAUUUUUGCAAUGGCGAUUCACUGCUCAAAUCAUAAAAGGUUUGGUAAAAACCUCAAGACAACAAUGUUUAUGGUGAAAUAUUACAACUGUACUAUUUCUCUCUCUUUUUUUUCCUCGAAUGUCUUUUUAGGUCGACAGAUUUGCCAACUCGUAAAAGAUAUGUCAAGCUUGUUGAGAGUGUUAAAGAAAAUGGCGGCGAAGUUAGGUUUGUUACGAGCUUCUAGUUACUAACGCGGUGGUUUCAAAGUUUAGCAGUAAGACCUGAAAGGGUUUCAAUUUGCUUUUAUUCAAUGCAGGGUUUUUUCAAGUCUACAUGUUUCUGGAGAACGUACGUAUGCACUUUUUUUGUACGUUGUCGUAAUUAACUAAUAAUAUCUUUCAAUAUUCGACACAACUUAAGCCUGCCAAUCCCUCUCUCCCCCUCACCUGCCCCCUUUUAUAAUAAAAUAUCAGUUGAGUUGUAAAGUGCGAUCCUGUCGCUGUAAGAAUGUCGGUGUCAGACAAGUAACAAGACAACCCCAACGGCUUUGAAUGCGGGGGGGGUAGGGGGUUCAAGACCUCACACUCUCCAUCCAGUUCCGCCACUGUUAUUACCUGAGGUCCGAUACCUCAUGGGGAACAUAGGUUUUUCCCUUUGCCUCACGCUUGUGACAAUACGAAUAACGCCUUUCUUUAAAUAUAACCUUCUUGCAAUUUCUAAACAUGAUGUAAAAUUUCGUACAAUUUUAUAUUUGGGUCAUGCAGAGCUCGGCCAGUUGUCCGGUUUUGCGGCAAUCUUGCGCUUCCCUAUGCCGGACAUAGCUGAUGGUGAAGGCUCCGCUGAUUCUAAAGAGGGAUUAGUGAAUUAACUGUGUACAUAUAUUUCUCAAAACUGGAUGUAGAACGCUUUUCGAUUGAGUGUCGUAAGGUCAAAAGCUAAGUCAUCACGGCGACCAAUCAGAAGAAAGGUAGAUAUCGCAAGAAGCCAAUGAGAACUCAAAGGUGCUUCAAGCGCGGGAAACGUCAGUGACCGAGAUGCAAUUGAUUUUACAUUUGUAUCUGAUUGGCUGAGAGGACUGCGUGCGUUGUGUAGACAAAACACGUUGCGAAGUAAAGAAAACCAAUCUCAUCCAUGUUUACUUUCGACACUUGAUAGCAACUCGUUCUGAAACACCCAAAUAUUUAACAGGAUAUAGCUAAACGGUUAUGUCACAUCAUGAAAGUAAACAUCAUGACCCGCUCCCAGUUGGCUUGUUAGCUCAGUUGGUAGAGCGCUGCACCGGUAUCGCAGAGGUCAUGGGUUCAAAUCCCGUACAGGCCUGAAUUUUUUUCAGGCCUUAUUUCCACUACUGCCUAAGUAGUGCACAUUACUGCGAGGAUCACUUUCAUUUAUGUUCAGGAUAUAGCUAACAAUAUAAUAAUCAAGAACUCAGAGAGAACAUUUUUUUAAAUCGUGAUCUUAGAUUACCAAAUUCCCGUUUAUGUUAAACGGGCUUUUAUCCCACUUGAUCAACGUUCGUGAUAUCGUUACAAAAGGUUGUGGUCGUGCAUCAUGACAAAGUACACUUCUAGUGUGGUGCAUUAUCACUUUUCUCUCGAUGUAGUCCAUGCCGAUGUAGAUCGCCUCGUCAACCUCAUUCCCAGGUUGAGAGAGGAUCAUGAAUUGAGGUUGAUUGUGCAUUGUGUAGUGUAAACAUUAUGAUACUACAUAUUUAUUAAUGAUAAUGAGAUUAUUAAUGGAUGAUAAAGAAGCCACAAAGAUGGUUAUUUCCCAGGCUGUGAGACAGUCUCUUGGGCAAACAGAUUUUCAAAAACAUUUCAAUAAAAAGAAAACUUAUUGAAGCGAGGUUCGACCUUCCUCGAGAGCGAUUUUUGAGACGACAUAGAAACAUCGAGCCCAGCAGAUUUUGGUAUUUGAAUUGAAAACAUUCAUUGAAUAAAAAUUGUUUUUAAGCGUCAAUAAAACAACAAACACAUUGAAAAAAAAUUGGUUUGUUGCCUUUUGCCAAAGAAUAUCUCUAUAGCAAUUAGUUAAAAUUAAAAAUUAGAAUUAAAUACAUUUAUAUAGCGCCAUCUUCCAUUAAUUGUUCAUGGCGCUUUACGAUGCUCUAAAAACCGUAAAAAUUAAAAUCCUAAGAAUUAAAUACACUAUAACUACAAGUAAAAACUACAAAUCAAAUGCACGCUUAAAAAGAUAAGUCUUGAGAUUAGCCUUAUUAAGAUUAAAAUACCAGCCAAUCAAAGGACUCUAGUCAAGCGUGCUAACUGAAAUAGUGAUUGACUUUUUCAAAGAAAACCUGAUUGAAAUACCAGCCAAUCAGCGUUAUGAGAUAUAUUGCAGCCAGCUGAGGCCUUUUUCCAAGAAAUUGCGGUUGAAAUACUGGCCAAUCACUGGUUUUCAUUUAACAAAAAGCGUACACUGAAGCCCAUAACGUGGUUGUCUUUCCGAGAAAGUAAAUGUUGACAGACGCUGUUGUGAAUAUAACAAACUCUUCUGACUUGCAAAGAUAGUUACCGAACUCAAAAAACUGGCUUCCUUCGUGGAUGAACCGCGUACCAUAAUAAUAAUAAUAUUUAUUGAGGAAACUUUUUCACAAAAAGUGGUUUUCGAAAAGGAACUCGAAAAUUAAGACUAAAAUAUAUACAUAAAAUUAAAAGAAAAAAAAGGAAUUGUAAUUAAGAAUUACAUUAAGAAGUUAAAAACAUGUCGCUUGAAUGUAUUAAUAUUAAUAUUAAUAUUAGCAGAUUCUCUUAUUACCUGGCUAAGUAAAUUAAAGUCAUUUACAGCAUGAUAUGCAGUUCUUUGUUUCCUCCAGUUCCUCUUAACGCUGGGGAGUCUAAGAAAUAAGUUAUUUUGACAUGUUCAAUUCCAUCAUUGGUUAUAAAAGUGUGACGUACGAAACCAAAAUUCAUUCGCUUGAGUUGGAACCUUCAGCCGUAAAAGCCAUCACCCCAUUGAGACCCUCCUUCUACUACAGUGAACCCAUAAUUCUCAAAUGCGACUUGUUUGGCUUUGACCGUGUAGCCUUGGAACACGAAGUUUCCCCGAGUUUGGAGAAAUCAGGUAAUGUUGACAUCAAUACUAAAUUAAACGGGAAGCAAGCCUGUCAAGCUUGCAAUUGUUUGUUAUUUUUCGAAGACAGGGAAGAACCCAAGCUAUAUAAAACUUUUAUCAUUCAAAUAAUCGCUCAGUGUUAGUGCCCUCUAGUUGCAAGUUUCUUACAACUGUUAGAGGAAAAGAGGAAACAAAAAGGUUAAAGCAGCGCGAAAUUCCGUUAGGAGUUUUCAAGAGAGUGCCUUCCGGAUGCGCGGAUCCUACAACUUAACUGUGGUCCGGUCCAUUUUCUCCAGCUCUCUCCUCUUCCCAAAAGAAAUAUGUUAAACUAUUAACUAUAACUAUUGCUUAUCACUGAAAGUCAAGCUAAGUCCUCUCUCUGAUGUCAUUUGCUUGUUGCCAUAUUUCAUUCACUGUAUUACCUUCAAAGGUAAGACAAGUGAUGUAGUUAUUUUCGAGCAAAUUACCGAUCCAUUCCGUCCGUUUUUUUACGUAUUACAAAAAUUACUAUUUUUGUCUUCGAUCAUGCAAAUCACACUCGCAAGAAAAUGAAAAGCUCAUGAGUACAACGGGUCAGUUUUCUUGCACAGAUAGCUUACCGUUUAAAGGCAGAAGCUUUAUUUGUACUCUCGAUCUUAUCGAUCUCGUGAUGCAAAUCCAACCGUUCCAAAAAGGAUGAACACUUAAGCCUGACGUUUCCCGUUAAACAAGGUAAAAUGUUUCAUUUGUCAUCCUUAGUUAUUAAAGUGUGACGUGCCAAACCGAAAUACAGUCAUUUAGCUUUUUUAGCAUUUUUGGCUUCGAUCAUGCAAAUCACACUCGCUAGAAAGUGAAAAGUUCACGAAGACCAGGAGUCGAUUGUCACGCACAGAUAGUUAACCGUUAAAAGAAAGAAACUUAGGUUGUGCUGUGAUCGAUCUUGUGAUGAAAAUCAAACAUUUCAAAGAGGUCAACACUAAAGCCUGACGCUCCCUAUUAAAAAAAAGAAUAAAAAAGAAUAACACUUUUCAUUUUUCAUGUUCAAUUACAUUAGUAGUGAUCAUAGUGGGACGUACAAAACCAAAAUACAGUGUACUUAUUGAUUCAGUGGUAGGGUCGGACAGGAACUAAUAUUUGGCUCGCGUCAAGCGUGUCAUGGUCGAGAUACCCUUCACUUAAAUCUUUGGAUACUAGCGGCGGGUUCUACGGUACAUAUUUUCCUACAGGCCGUGAUCUGUUUCUUGGUCUGUUAAAGCGCCAGAGUCUCGCAUGAGAAGAUAAGUCAUGACGCUGCGCGCUCAAGAAGAGAGAUGUUAUAAUUUUCUCAGAGAAACUGAAACUUACUUAUAUUCACCGUAAUUGCAUGCAUAGUAUAAACGUGCUUUUCCGCUGAACGGAUGCUUUAUAUCUCUGCUGUAAAAUUGCUUUCUUCAAACCUUUAUGUUUUAUACAAUAGAUUUCAACUUCAUUAGUUACGAUUGUAAAGCAAACUGAUGGUUUCCACAAUCAAGUGAUCAUAACCUAAAAUCAAUCAAUAUGUUUUCAGCCAAAUACUUCAGAUAGGUAAGCUCAUUACUUGAUGAUAAACUGCUAGCACAACAUUUUCAAAUGUUCCCAGAACGUUGUAGUAGAAGGUUUACCAAUCCUUUCUUGUUUGUUGUUGUUUUUUUAAGAAACCCGCCACCUUUAAAAACCCUCUAAUUGAUGGCGCAAGCCCGCGACGCAUGACCAUUAGUCAAGAGCGCGUUUUUUUGUUUUUGUUUUUUUUCACUUGAUAAGAUGAACAAACGAAACAGCUAGAUCAAAAGUCACUUGGAUAACAGUUGACUUUCUCAGUGUGACAGUCACACAGUCCGUUUUCGAAAAACUGUACAGGUCAAACUUAUUUGACAAGUUUUACCGAAUGUGAUCCGUUAAUGUGCUCCAGUUGUACUUAUCCACGCCUCUUCUUCACUUCUUUUUGCGUUAAGUCGAUAUUUUGAAUUCUAACACUUUCAGCUCGUUUAAAGAAGUUUCCAGGUGUAAUCGACUCAGCCCGUUUUUGUAAUUCCCGUAUGGGUUCCUGUUUGUAGUGACUCAUUAUGAAUCCAGAUUAGCGAAUCAUUUGGUUAACUUGUGUUACUAAAAGUAAUGUUUCCCUAAUAACAGGAGAGGAUGGCAAUGGAAACCAAACGACAGACGGAAGCCAUGAUACCUUUCAUGUACAUCGCAAAAAUAGUUGCCCUGUUCCUAUUCAACUCAGGUCGCAUUCAGAAAGCCAUUGAGAUAUGGAACGAAUGUUUGAUUUUGUUAAAUAAAACCGAUCAAAACAGCAAAGGCCAAUUUACCUCACCACUGAUACUAAUUUACAAGGCCACUUAUAUUGCUCUUUUCAGCGCUUAUCGUAGUAUCUCUGACUACAUCAGUGCGGAAAGAUACGGCAUGAAACUGCUUGUCUUACUCAGCGAGACUGGUGACUUAGAAACAGAAGGAGAUAUAAGCAUGGCUCUAGCAGAGGUAAUUGAGAUUCAAAACAGGUUUACAGAUGCCAAAAAGCUUUAUGAAAAAGCAGUUAAAAUAAAGAGUCAAACUGGUGAAAAAGAUGGAGAAGCAAGCGCCUGCACAAGAUUCGGAAAUAUGUUUCAUAAACUUGGCGAAAACCGAAAAGCGAAGGAGUAUGUUCAGAGGGCCCUUGCCAUAAGAACCGAAAUUGGCGACAAAAGAGGAGAAGCAUCCUGUUACGGAAAACUAGGAGCGUUCCUUCAUUCGCUCGGGGAAUGCGACAAGGCUAAAGAGUAUCUCCAAAAAGCGCUUGUCAUCAAAACUGAGAUUGGCGACAGAGAAGGACGAGCAGCCGACUACGGAAUCCUAGGUACUGUGUUUCAUUCGCUCGGGCAAUACGAAAAAGCUAGAGAGUAUCAUGAAAAAGCGCUCGUCAUCAAAACUGAGAUUGGCGACAGAAAAGGAGAGGCAUCAUGCUACGGAAACCUAGGUACUGUGUUUAAUUCUCUCGGGCAAUACGACAAGGCUAAAGACUAUCUCCAAAAAGCGCUUGUCAUCAAAACUGAGAUUGGCGACAGAGAAGGACAAGCAGCCGACUACGGAAUCCUAGGUAUUGUGUUUCAUUCGCUCGGGCAAUACGACAAGGCCAAAAAGUAUCAUCAAAAAGCGCUCGUCAUCAAAACUGAGAUUGGCGACAGAAAAGGAGAGGCAUCUUGCUACGGAAACCUAGGUACUGUGUUUCAUUCGCUCGGGCAAUACAACAAGGCUAAAGAGUAUCUCCAAAGGGCGCUUGUCAUCAAAACUGAGACUGGCGACAGAAAAGGAGAGGCAUCAUGCUACGGAAUCCUAGGUACUGUGUUUCAUUCGCUCGGGCAAUAUGAGAAGGCUAAAGAGUAUCAUCAAAAAGCGCUGGUCAUCAAAACUGAGAUUGGCGACAGAAAAGGAGAGGCAUCAUGCUACGGAAACCUAGGUGCUGUGUUUCAUUCGCUCGGGCAAUACGACAAGGCUAAAGGGUAUCUCCAAAAAGCGCUUGUCAUCAAAACUGAGAUUGGCGACAGAAAAGGACAAGCAUCCGACUACGGAAUCCUAGGUCUUGUGUUUCAUUCUCUUGGGCAAUACGACAAGGCUAAAGAGUAUCAUCAAAAAGCGCUCGUCAUCAAAACUGAGAUUGGCGACAGAAAAGGAGAGGCAUCAUGCUACGGAAACCUAGGUGCUGUGUUCCAUUCGCUCGGGCAAUACGACAAGGCUAAAGAGUAUCUCCAAAAAGCGCUUGUCAUCAAAACUGAGAUUGGCGACAGAAAAGGACAAGCAUCCGACUACGGAAUCCUAGGUCUUGUGUUUCAUUCUCUUGGGCAAUACGACAAGGCUAAAGAGUAUCAUCAAAAAGCGCUCGUCAUCAAAACUGAGAUUGGCGACAGAAAAGGAGAGGCAUCAUGCUACGGAAACCUAGGUGCUGUGUUCCAUUCGCUCGGGCAAUACGACAAGGCUAAAGAGUAUCUCCAAAAAGCGCUUGUCAUCAAAACUGAGAUUGGCGACAGAAAAGGACAAGCAGCCGACUACGGAAUCCUAGGUCUUGUGUUUCAUUCGCUUGGGCAAUACGACAAGGCUAAAGAGUAUCAUCAAAAAGCGCUCGUCAUCAAAACUGAGCUUGGCGACAGAAAAGGAGAGGCAUCAUGCUACGGAAACCUAGGUGCUGUGUUUCAUUCGCUCGGGCAAUACGACAAGGCUAAAGAGUAUCUGCAAAAGGCGCUUGUCAUCAAAACUGAGAUUGGCGACAAAAAAGGACAAGCAGUCGACUACGGAAUCCUAGGUCUUGUGUUUCAUUCUCUUGGGCAAUACGACAAGGCUAAAGUGUAUCAUCAAAAAGCGCUUGUCAUCAAAACUGAGAUUGGCGACAGAAAAGGAGAGGCAUCAUGCUACGGAAAUCUAGGUGCUGUGUUUCAUUCGCUCGGGCAAUACGGCAAGGCUAAAGAGUAUCUCCAAAAAGCGCUUGUCAUUAAAACUGAGAUUGGCGACAGAAAAGGAGAAGCAGCCGACUACGGAAUCCUAGGUCUUGUGUUUCAUUCGCUUGGGCAAUACGACAAGGCUAAAGAGUAUCAUCAAAAAGCGCUUGUCAUCAAAACUGAGAUUGGCGACAGAAAAGGAAAGGCAUCAUGCUACGGAAACCUAGGUACUGUGUUUAAGUCGCUCGGGCAAUACGACAAGGCUAAAGAGUAUCAUGAAAAAGCGCUUGUCAUCAAAACUGAGAUUGGCGACAGAAAAGGAGAGGCAUCAUGCUACGGAAACCUAGGUGCUGUGUUUCAUUCACUCGGGCAAUACGACAAGGCUAAAGAGUAUCUCCAAAAAGCGCUUGUCAUCCAAACUGAGAUUGGCGACAGAAAAGGACAAGCAGCCGACUACGGAAUCCUAGGUCUUGUGUUUCAUUCGCUUGGGCAAUACGACAAGGCUAAAGAGUAUCAUCAAAAAGCACUCGUCAUCAAAACUGAGAUCGGCGACAGAAAAGGAGAGGCAUCAUGCUACGGAAACCUAGGUGCUGUGUUUCAUUCGCUCGGGCAAUACGACAAGGCUAAAGACUAUCUCCAAAAAGCGCUUGUCAUCAAAACUGAGAUUAGCGACAGAAAAGGACAAGCAGCCGACUACGGAAUCCUAGGUCUUGUGUUUCAUUCGCUUGGGCAAUACGACAAGGCUAAAGAGUAUCAUCAAAAAGCGCUUGUCAUCAAAACUGAGAUUGGCGACAGAAAAGGAGAGGCAUCAUGCUACGGAAACCUAGGUGCUGUGUUUCAUUCGCUCGGGCAAUACGACAAGGCUAAAGAGUAUCUCCAAAAAGCGCUUGUCAUCAAAACUGAGAUUGGCGACAGAAAAGGACAAGCAUCCGACUACGGAAUCCUAGGUCUUGUGUUUCAUUCUCUUGGGCAAUACGACAAGGCUAAAGAAUAUCAUCAAAAAGCGCUUGUCAUCAAAACUGAGAUUGGCGACAGAAAAGGAGAGGCAUCAUGCUACGGAAACCUAGGUACUGUGUUUCAUUCGCUCGGGCAAUACGACAAGGCUAAAGAGUAUCUGCAAAAAGCGCUUGUCAUCAAAACUGAGAUUGGCGAUAGAAAAGGAGAGGCAUCAUGCUACGGAAUCCUAGGUGCUGUGUUUAAGUCGCUCGGGCAAUACGACAUGGCUAAAGAGUAUCUCCAAAAAACGCUUGUCAUCAAAACUAAGACUGGCGACGGAGAAGGAGAAGCAGCCGACUACGGAAACCUAGGUACUGUGUUUCAUUCGCUCGGGCAAUACGACAAGGGUAAAGAGUAUCAUCAAAAAGCGCUUGUCAUCAGAACUGAGAUAAGCGAUAAGCAAAGGGAGGCGGCAGAUCUUGCAAAUCUUGGAAUUAUGUCCAGAACUGUUGGAAAUUAUGAAGUUUCGGAAGUAUGCUUGGAGAAAGCUUUAUCCAUAUCCAGAGAUAUUGGAGAUAGAAGAGGAGCGUUCCAAAUUCUACAAGAGUACGCCGUAUUGUAUCUUUUUCAAAAUAAAGUCAAAGACUCCCUUUCGUGUCUUCAACUUUGCAUUGAAAAGUACGAGGAGCUGAGAUCUUUCCUGGGCGCCAAUGAUCAGUUCAAAACAUCUUUUCUGGAGCACUCAGGAAUAUUUCCUUACAAGCUGCUUUGUACUCUGCUUUGUGACACCGGAAAAACUCGCGAUGCUCUUUAUGUUGAGGAGUUGGGUCGAGCUAGAGGCCUAUCAGACUUGAUGGCAAAGAAGUACUCGGUUGAAACGCACAUCUCUGCUAAUCCACAAUCUUGGUUUGGCAUUGAAAACAUUUUUAGAAAUAAAAAUAACUGUACUUGUUUGUACAUUUCUUAUUUUCACGAUCAUCUGCAUUUAUGGAUCUUGAAAACGGAUGGAGUCCUUCACUAUAGAAGGAUAUCACCAGAAGAGAUUCUAGUUCAAGCUGGGUUGCCCAAAGACUUGUCUCUGAGUGAAUGUUUGGCUGAUAAUUUCCGGAGUCUUGGUAUUUUGCCCAUUGAAGAUUGUGAAGAUCGGUCUUUAAAUAUGGUUGAAUUGAAACCUCUCUCCCCCGAACAAAAGAGCUCAGCAAGGUUGCGACUCGUGGAGGAGGGUGAGGACGAGAAAGUCAUUUCAAGUCUAUAUUUGUGUUACAAAUUGUUUAUUGCCCCCAUUUAUGAUUUGCUUGAGGAGCCUGAAGUGAUUAUUGUUCCUGACCGCAAUUUGUACAAAGUUCCCUUUGCUGCCCUGAGUGAAAAGGAGGGAGCCGAAUACUUGUCGGAGACUCAUAGGAUCCGUGUCAUUCCUUCUUUGACGACACUCAAGAUCAUUCAAGAUAGUCCAGAAGACUAUCACAGCAACACUGGUGCCUUGAUAAUAGGCAAUCCCAAGGUUGAUGGGCUGCUGCCAUUGCCAGGUGCAAGAAAGGAAGCGGAGAUGGUCGGACGACUGAUGGGUGUUCUGCCCCUGAUUGAAGAGGAAGCAACGAAGCAGGCGGUGCUUGAGCGGAUAAGUUCAGUGAGCCUAAUACAUUUUGCUGCCCAUGGCAACGCCGAAAGGGGAGAAAUUGCCCUUUCCCCCAUUCCUUCUGCCAACAGUGGAAACGCUAUCUUACCACAGGAAGCUUACAUGUUGACGAUGGCUGAUGUCUCACGAGUGAAAGUCAGAGCCAAACUCGUGGUACUUAGCUGCUGUCACAGUGGAAGUGGAGAGAUAAAAGCCGAGGGAGUUAUAGGAAUUGCCCGUGCGUUCUUAGGAUCCGGUGCUCGCUCGGUGUUGGUUGCACUGUGGGCCAUUUCAGACUCAGCAACAGAGAAGCUGAUGAGUCGGUUCUACGAACACCUUGUUGAAGGAGAAAGUGCUAGUGAAUCCCUUCAUCAGGCCAUGAAGUGGAUGAGAAAAAACGGCUUGACCAAUGUGUCUGAGUGGGCUUCGUUUACGCUGAUUGGAGAUGAUGUUAGGCUCGAGUUCACAAACAGAGGUAAGACUCGGUGA